CUCCAGGAGGAAGUGCCGGACGCUGCUGGGACCCGGGGGCCGCCACCACCGGUCCUCGGGCGUGGACAGGCCAUGGCCGAGCCGCCACUCUACCCGGUGGCGGGGGCCGCGGGGCCGCAGGGCGAUGAGGACCGACUCGGGCUUCCCGACGGGUCCGGGGCCCCGCUGGACGAGCUGGUGGGCGCGUACCCCAACUACAACGAGGAGGAGGAGGAGCGCCGCUACUACCGCCGCAAGCGCCUCGGGGUGCUCAAGAACGUGCUGGCGGCCAGCGCGGGAGGCAUGCUCACCUACGCCGUCUACCUGGGGUGCGAACCUGCCCCUGCCUGCAUCUCUCUCAAUGCCCAUAGGUUUUUUGGCACCAAGUGGAUGAUGUUUCUGGGCGUGGGCAUCUAUGCCCUCUUUGUCUCCACCAACUACUGGGAACGCUACUACACACUCGUGCCCUCAGCCGUGGCCCUGGGCAUGGCCAUCGUGCCUCUUUGGGCCUCCAUGGGCAACUACAUCACCAGGAUGGCCCAGAAGUACUACGAGUACUCCCACUACAAGGAGCGGGAUGAGCAGGGCCCGCAGCAGCGCCCGCCGCGGGGCUCCCACGCGCCCUAUCUCCUAGUCUUCCAAACCAUCUUCUAUAGCUUCUUCCAUCUGAGCUUCGCCUGCGCCCAGCUGCCCAUGAUCUACUUCCUGAAUCACUACCUGUAUGACCUGAACCACACUCUGAGCAAUGUGCACAGCUGCGGGCUGUACGUCCAGGGUCCCAGGGCUCUGGUGGGCGAGGUACAAGGCCCUAUUAAAGUGCUGGGCUUGUGCGGGGCCGCCUACCGGCCCACGGAGGAGAUCGACCUGCGCAGCGUGGGCUGGGGCAACAUCUUCCAGCUGCCCUUCAAGCACGUGCGCGACUUCCGCUUGCGCCACCUCGUGCCCUUCUUCAUCUACAGCGGCUUCGAGGUGCUCUUUGCUUGCACGGGCCUCGCGCUGGGCUAUGGCGUGUGCUCCGUGGGGCUGGAACGCCUGGCCUACCUCCUUGUGGCGUAUGGCCUGGGCGCCUCCGCCUCCUCACUCCUGGGCCUGCUGGGGCUGUGGCUGCCGCGCCAGGUGCCGCUGCUGUCUGGGGCCGGACUGCACCUGCUGCUCACCGUCAGCCUCUUUUUCUGGGCCCCCACACCUCGGGUCCUGCAACACAUCUGGAUCCUCUAUGUAGCAGCCAUCCUCUGGGGUGUGGGCAGUGGCCUCAACAAGACCGGGCUCUCCACACUGCUGGGCAUCCUGUACGAGGACAAAGAGAGGCAAGACUUCAUCUUCACCAUCUACCACUGGUGGCAGGCAGUGGCCAUCUUCGUGGUGUACCUGGGCUCCAGCCUGCCCAUGAAGGCUAAGCUGGCGGUGCUGCUGCUGACGCUGGUGGUGGCCACGCUCUCCUACUUGGCGAUGGAGCAGAAGCUGCGGCGGGGCGUGGCCCCGCGCCAGCCCCGCAUCCCGCGGCCCCAGCACAAGGUGCGCGGCUACCGCUACCUGGAGGAGGACAAUUCCGAUGAGAGCGACGCGGAGGGCGAGCGCGGCGCGGCGGCGGUGGCGGCGGCGGCCCGGGGGGACGGCGGGGAGGAGGAGCCGCUGCCCGCGGGGCCCGGCCCCGAACCAGCCGGCUUCUGCCGCCGGCCCUGCCCCUACGAACAGGCUCAGGGAGGCGACGGGCCAGAGGAGCAGUGAGGGGCACAGCCUCCCCUCGGCCUCGGUUGAUCGCGUUUUUUGGGGGGGGGAGGGGCUCUGAUUUCUGCGCUAUCUUCAGGAAGGACUCCAGCCCCCCUCCUCAUGUUGGAGAUACCCCCUCCCAGAACCGGGACCA